UCACCGACUGCCCAGCGAACUAAGCGGACAAGAGCGCAGGAAAAUGGCGCCAGAUUGGAGGCGCGAAGCACCGGAAGCAUCCGCAUGCCAGCGACCGCGUGCGCGCGAGGGGCGGGGCGCUCGCCUCCCGUGCACCUGCCAGGGCCCUGCCCUCUGCACAAGCCCCGCCCCCAGCCCCACCCACGCGCGACAGGCCGCGGAGCACGCUCGCGCUCUCCUGCGCGUCCGCUCCCUUUGUAGCUACGCACGGUAGGGGAGCGGACCCUGGCGGUUUGCUCCGCUCGGUGGAGGAGAGAUGGGGAGGCGUGGCGCUGGGGCUGAGGUAGGAAGGAGCCCGCCCCUCGACGCCUAACCCUCCCGCGACGCUAGCCCCUGAGUCGUGAUGCGAGCGUGGGUCCUACUCUCCGCGGUGCUCUGGUACCUCACAGGAGUUGGAUGGCAGCGUAAUUCCGAACGCACUGAGAAAGGUUUCAUUUAUGGCAAGCCGGGACACCCAGUGAAAGUAUAUGUAAAAUUACAUCACAACAGCCCAGUCCUUGUCUGUAUGGACUUUAAACGUGCGGAAAAAGAAACAGUGGACCCCACCUAUUUAUGGGUUGGGCCUAAUGAAAAGCCAUUAUCAGGAAGUAAUAGAAUAAAUAUAACUAAUACAGGAAAGCUGACGGUGAAAGACUUUCUGGAGCCUUUGUCUGGACUUUAUACUUGCAGUUUUUCAUAUAAGACUAUCAAAGCAGAAACCCAAGAAGAAAAGGUAGUAAAGCAGAGAUAUGACUUUAUGAUCUUUGCCUAUCGGGAACCUGACUAUUCAUAUCAGAUGGCUGUACGUUUUACCACAAAAUCUUGUGAAGGAAAAUAUAAUGAUCUGCUUUUUCGAGUCCUGAAGAAAAUCUUGGAUAAUUUAAUCUUUGAUUUGUCAUGCCAUAUCAUAGAACCAUCAUAUAAAUGCCAUUUUGUUAAAGUUCCAAAACAUGGCCUCAUUCAUGAGCUAUUUAUAGCCUUUCAAGUUAAUCCUUUUGCACCAGGGUGGAAAGGUACAUGCAAUGAGUCUAUUGACUGUGAAGAUACCACAAAUCAUAAUAUCCUCCAGGCAAGAAAUCGAAUAGAAGAAUUUUUCCGGAGCCAAGCAUAUAUUUUCAACCAUGAUCUAAAUAAAACUCUACCAGCCAUGCAUUUUGUGGAUCACAGUUUUCAAAUAGUACGUAUGGAUAGCUGUCGUCCAGGCUUUGGAAAAAAUGAAGGUCUACACAGCAAUUGCGCUACCUGUUGUGUGGUUUGUAGUCCUGGGACUUUUAGUCCUGAUGUUGAUGUUACAUGUCAGACCUGCAUUUCCGUCCAAAUCUAUGGAGCUAAAUCAUGCCAGUGAAUUUCAACAUGAAGACUAGGGGUGAAAGCAUCAUUACUUGCUUGUGGAGGUGGAAGACGUAAGAUGAUUUGUUCACAUCCCAAAGUGUCAUAGAUAUUUUCUUUAAGGAAGAUCAGUAAGACCAAAACAUUGGAAAAUGUACAUUGUAAAAACCAUAAAAAGAUAGUCAACAUGGUAUUUCUAAGAAGGCAUUUAAUCUCAGUGGAUGAUUUUUAAUGAAAUAUGUUUUGUUGCUUACAAACAAUCUUGUUUCUUUGUACCUAAAACUAUGUUAAGGUCAAGAAGAGUAGACAAGUAUAUAAUAAAAUUUUGUACUUUCCAUAUAUUAUUUUGUUUGAUAUCACUCAUGAUAUAAAGGCAUAUGUAUUACUUUUAUAAUUAGAACCAAAAAAGUUAUUUCUUUUAGUCUCUUUGCUUUUAGUCUAUUUAUUUUAGAAUAAUAGACUUUGUUUUUUAGUAUAGAGUUAGGGUUACAGAAAAAUUGAGCAGAUAUUACACAGAGUUCCAUAUACCCACUUCAGCCCACCCCCUCACCCCUCCCCGUUUCCCCUGUUAAUAACAUCUUGCAUUAGUGUGAUACAUUUGUUAUGAUUAAUGAACCAAUGUCGAUACAUUAUCAUCUAUAGUUUUAAUAGUUUAUAUUAAGGUUCAUUCUGUGUGUUGUACAGUUCUGUGGGUUUUGACAAGUACAUAUUGACAUGUGUCCACCCCUACAGUUUCACACAGAAUAGUUCCACCACCCUUAAAAUGCCCUCUGUUUAAUCUAUUCUUCUCUCUCUCUUACCCCACAGCCCUUGACAACCACUAAUCUUGUUACUGUCUCUACAGUUUUGCCUUUCCCAAAGUAAAUUAAACUUAGAACCAUACAGUAUGUAGACUUUCCAGACUGGCUUCUUUCACUUACCAGUCUUCAUUUAAGAUUCUUCCAUGUCACUGUAUGGCUUUGAUAUAUCAGUUUUUAUUGCUGACUAAUAUUCCAUAUCAUGGUGUAUAAAGGACAUCUUGAUUGCUUCAAGUUUUUGAUGAUUAUGAAUAAAAUUGCUAUAAAUAUUU